AUGAGUAACAUCAAACCUAUGAGAGUACGAAGCAUCGCUGAUCAGCUUAACGUCGUAGCGAGGCAGUCGGUGCUACAGAAUCCUCAAAAUCCAUAUAUUGCAUUGAAAAAAUCAGAAUCAAAUGAAUUUUUUUCAACAAGAUCGCUUACAAAAGGCUCAAAAGUCAAUCUACUUAAGAACAAUCAAAUCAAGCUACCUCCUUUGAAGGGUGAAGAUAAAUCAGAGACUUCUUCUAAACUUGAUAUUGUUGAGGCGUUAGAGAAGAAAGAACCUAUUAAGCCAACUACUGAUCCUAAACAAGAUCAAGUACAGAUCGGCUACUUCAAAUUACAGCAGCAAUGGGAAAUGCAAAAUAAAUUUGCAAAAAUAACAGAAAAAUUUUUCAAAGAAUGUUAUCUUAAACCUUUACAUGAAGCUCUCGAACAAACUCUUAUCCCUGUAUUCAAAGCAGCUACAGUAACCUUUUGGCAGGAUAUUCCGUCAAUACAUUUAUUAUAUUCACCACGUCUUCAAGUUACUGUCUCACAUUCAGACGGUUUAGUCGGAUAUACGUUUUUCACUCGCAAAUUCCUAAAAAUCGAACGCGCUUGUUCACAUUCUGCAUAUAAAGAAGGUGUAGACUCAAAGAUCUGCCCAGGCCAAACACCAGUAUACAUAUUCCCACUAUGGGAUUACAACGAUAACGUUUGCGCUGUCGUGGAAGUUACUAGAACUUCAAAAGAUCCAUUCUUUGAUGCCGAGAACGACGCUUUCAUUCAAUUCUUCUCAGAACAAUUUAAGAUACACAGCAAAUGGUUAUUCCCAGUCGAAAUACCUCACAGCUUGAUUAUUGAGCUUGGCCAAGUUAUGGAACUCGAACAGUUCCUUCUUUUGUUCCAGAAGAGAAUCCAUACAUUCUUCAAUUGCAGAAUCGCAGAAAUAUGGCGAUAUAAUAUACGAACAAACAAAAUGGAUAGAUUUAUUAACGAUAGAAAAGAUAUUGACCCAGGAAGGGCCGGAAUCGUCGGUGAUGCAUUCAGCAGAGAAUGUACAAUCAAUGUACAAAAUACUAAAAUGCAAUCUAGCUACAUACAAUACUUAGAUGGAGAUUCCGAAGAAUCCGCACUGAUUGUACCAAUCAUUGAUACAAGAUUAGCCAUGAAAUGGGCUGUCUGUCUCCGUGGCUCUAAAAAUUUCCCUGUAUUUACUUCAGCAGAUGAAGAAUUACUUGGACUUAUGACUCCAUACUUGGCGUUGUCACUAGAAAACGCAGACAAAUACAGUAGCGCGCUCCUAGGUAAUGCUCGUGAGUCUUUGGAGCACCAUUGCGUGUUUGGUCUUCAAAAGAUCGCAUCUUUAAUCAACGAAGCAGCGGAAACGAAGGUCAUUCUCAACGAAGCACUCGAAAACAUCGAAAAACUUACAAGCGCAGAUAGAGUUCUUCUCUUCCAAUACGAUAAAGAUACUGAUAAUUACGUUGUCAGCGCAUAUAUCGGAUCAAAAGACCCUCCGAAUCCAAUUUCCAAAGACCACGGUAUCGUAGGUAAGACAUUCAACUCCAAGGAGAUCAUAAAUCUCACAGAAGCCUAUGAAGAUCCAAAUUUCGAUAACGCAAUCGACUUACAGACCCAAUAUAAGACCAAAACACUAUUAUCAGUACCUGUUAUGAACAACCGUCUUGAAGUUAUUGCUGUUCUCCAGAUGAUAAAUAGAAAGGACGGCCAACCUUUCUCACAAACUGACUUUAAUUACAUGAAAAUCUUCUCAAUCAUGUUCGGAUUGCUCCUGGAUAACCAGCAGAUGUACUCAGUAUCAACAUCGGCUAACAGGCAGCUCUCCUCCUUCAUUUCUGUUUCAACUGCCCUGUCAUCUAAUCAAAAUGUGAAACAAAUUUUGUCAGAAAUACUUCAGAACGCAAGAGUGACCAUCAAUGCAGAACGUUCUUCCCUUUUCUUGCUCGAUAACGUCGUAAAUACUUUAACUUCUUAUUUGGUCGAUGGCGGAAAGAUGCCACAGUCAAUUCCUUUGUCACACGGUAUCGCAGCGACCGCAGUUAAACAGAAAAUCUCGAUCGUUAUCCAAGAUGCUUAUCAUGAUCCACGAUUCAACAAAAUGAUCGACUUCCAUACCGGUUUCAAGACCAAAUCAUUGAUAGCUGUACCAGUUAUCACUUCCGAUGGCACAGUUAUCGGUGUAGCCGAAAUGUUGAAUAAACAAGAAGGAAUCUUCACUCAAUCCGACCAAACAUUGCUUGAAUCCUUCUCCACGUUUGCUGCCUUACUUCUAGAAAAGCGCAGACUUAAGGAUAUCACAGAAAAAGGUACAGCUCAGAUCGAAAUGUCGAAAUGGAUUGGAGAAUUCGAGAGAUCAACCUAUACAACACCAACCAAGCUUCGUGUACCAGAAGCCAAGCAAGAUGUCCUUAAAUCUCUCGAUUUCUUCGCUAUUGAUUGGAAUGGUAUCGGAUUAUUCCAAAUUGCCUUCUUUGUAUUCAACGAUUUCGGACUUUUGGAGCGUUUCCAGAUCACGAACGACCUAUUCUUUACGUUCUUGUACAGAUUACGUGAAGCAUACAACGAACCACCAUACCAUAACUGGAUCCAUGCCAUAGAUGUACUCCAAUACAUCUCUUACCAAGUAAGAAUUACGAAUUCACACAAAAUUUUGACACAAUUUGAAUUACUUGCUGUUUGUGUCGCUGCUUUAUGCCAUGAUGCAGGCCACCAAGGCUUAAACAACGCGUUCAAUGUUAAUGCUGAGACUCCUUUAGGUAUUUUGUUCAAAGACCAGUCCGUCAUGGAAACAUUCCAUUGUACAGUGGCCAUCAGAAUUUUGUCACAGCCGGAGACAAAUUUGUUCCAUUCAUUGAAUACUAAGGAAUUAACGGUUAUUUGGAAGUGGAUUAUUCACCUCAUUUUAGCCACUGAUAUGGCUUUCCACUUCAAAUUGAUCAAACAAGGAAAUGAAGCAUUGGAAGCAGGUGUUAUCAAUCUGAAAGAAGAAGCACAUAGAUUGAUGUGUAUGGAGUUAGUUAUGAAAGUUUCGGAUAUUUCCAAUGUGUCAAGACCAUUUAAAUACGCUGAUAAAUGGUGUGAAGUUUUGUCAGAAGAAUUCUGGAGACAAGGUGAUAAAGAAAAGGAGCUCGGACUUCCUUAUUCAGGACCUUUGAUGAAUAGAGAAGGCCAGAACAAACCAAAGGGCCAAGUUGGUUUCUACAACUUCGUUUGUUUGCCUCUUUACACUUUGAUCGCAAGAAUUUUCCCUGAAUUGACUGUAAACUUGGAAUCAGUCAAAUCUAACUUGGCACAGUGGGUCAAGUUGGUGGAAGAACAGGAGAAGGCUCAGGCUGCUCAGGCAUCUUCGAAUAAUGAUGCUAAACCUGAGUCAAAUUCACCUCCUCCAGUUGAAACUGCAAGGAAAGAUGAAAAAUAA